UUCAAAGUGGAAAGUUUCUGUAUCAAGGAAUUUUACCUUCUUCCUGAGAUUUCCUGUUGUCCUUAAGAUCUUCACACAGAUAAAUCUUACUACUGUCAUGGAAUUAGUAUGUCACUUCUCAGUCAUUGGGUAAAUGCCUUCCACUUACAGAUGAGGAAAUUGAAAUGAACUGACUUACCUAGUAUGUAGAAAUGUUGCUAUUAUUAUCGCUUCACGUUUUGUGAUCACCUACUCUCCCCCCACCCUCACUGGCCAAAUAACCUUUAUUUCUUGUGGGAUCAAGAACCAGGAGGUUCUUGAUGCAUUAAGGAAAGAAUCAGUUGCACUAAGGAAAUCAGUUGCAUUCAGGUGCAUUAAGGAAAGAAUCAGUUGAAUUGAAUCCCUGCAGAUUGUGAACUAUAUACAAACAUCGAGUGUUGGUUUGCACAAUUAACUGUGAACAGCAAUGGGCCCAAAGAAAUUUGCCAAGUUUCAAAAUAAGGAAACCUCAGAAAACAGCACACUUAAACUUGACAAAGGAAUAGUUACUGAUGAUGACGAGAUUUUUGAUACCGUUGGCCAAUCAAAAUUUGUCCUAGAGAACCUUCGCUAUUACACAAUCCAGCCAGAUUUGGCCCAGUACUAUGAGCCUGUGAAGCACACUAAACUGCAGAAAAUCCUGGAUCGAAACAGGAAAAUCAUGAGCUUCAUGUUAAAAGUAACUGAGUAUGAUCAGGAUAUGACCUCACUGAUUAUGACCAACAACCCACCUCCCUGCCCAACCUGCCAGCAGGAAAAGGACAGUGCUCCAAAAUAUUUUUCUGAGGACUUACUGUUCAAGGAAAGUCAUCAGCACAAACCCACCAAGAGCUUUUGCCUGACUGUGAUGCCUCAGAAAAAAAAGUUGAGAUCUGGGCUGAAACCAGUCUUCUAUAUGAAAAAGUCUGAUGAUCCUAAAUCCAAGAAAAAACAAUGGUUUAGGUUUUCCAUUGACAGUGACUUUAAGACUGAAGGGCAGUACUCGAAAAUGUAUGCUUUGAGGAAACAGAAAAAAAUGUACCCACAGCUUAACUUUGCUCCAGUCUGUGAAAGAGACAAGAUGAAAGAUGUUUCCAAGAAGCCAGUGAGUGAAUCGUCAACUUCUCAAUUGCUCCAGGAACCACUCACACUGGAUUCGCUUCAGAAGGAGACUCCCACCCGGAACGCGCCGGGGGAAAACUCCUUCCGCAACGGAAGGGCCCAGCAGUGGAUAAUUGAAAAUGCCACUCUCGUUAAGUGAAAACAAACCCUUCAGGGCUCUCGCCUAGUUUUACAGGGACCGAGGGCCCUGCAGGAGUCGCUAACCAAAUAAAAUCACCUUGCAGCAGACUACAAGUGUGAGCCGCCAGGGCUGGGACAGU